UAGAUUGCUACUGCCAAAGAAGAAAGACAUAUAGAAGAAUGGUGGUUGUAGGGAAGACUAGCGCCAUUGCGGCUGGAGUUUGCGGAGCCUUGUUUUUGGGUUAUUGCAUUUACUACGACAGGAAACGGAGGAGUGACCCCAAUUUCAAGAACCGCCUGCGAGAGAAGAGAAGAAAACAGAAAAUUGCUAAAGAGAGAGCUGGUCAGUCAAGGUUACCUGACCUUAAAGAUGCAGAGGCUGUUCAGAAGUUUUUCCUUGAAGAAAUUCAGCUUGGAGAAGAGCUACUAGCACAAGGUGAUUUUGAAAAGGGAGUGGAUCAUUUAACAAAUGCUAUUGCAGUUUGCGGACAACCUCAACAGCUUCUUCAAGUUUUACAGCAGACCCUACCACCACAAGUUUUCCAGAUGCUUUUGACUAAAUUACCAACGAUCAGCCAGAGAAUUGGAAAUGCUCCGAAUCUGACUGAAGAUGAUGUUGAAUGAAAUGGAACCAAAUCAUGUUACUUCAGUAGUUGCUUGAACUGCAACAUUAUGUGCUACUGUUAAAUACCAUUUUUUUCUGUCCUGUUAAUACAUAUUUGUUACCAGUAUAUUAAUGUACAAGAAAUAAACAUCCAAA